UCUGCAAUAUAGAUUUAAUCAAUUAGAUUUCGAGUCAAACGCACAAGAUAUUACUGUUUCUCUGAAUUCACUAAGUUUCAAUCAUUCCUUAUCAAAUGAAGAAAAAAAAUAUUUGUGUUUACGACCAAGACAUCAUGCCUUUGCAGUCACAACAUGUGCACACGCUGUUUAUAUAGUUUCAACUUUGAAUGAAAUGAGGCAAGUUCUGUCUGAGAUAAGACAUCCGAUAAAUCAAAAAACAAUCCAAUUUCUCCAUCAAUCUCCACCUCGUGAUGCGUUAAAGAUUGGUUUUAUUGGAUGUGGAAGAUUGGGAAAACAAAUAGUGUUGUCUAUGCUCAAAUUUACUGAUGUUAAACCAAAUGAAUUGUAUAUUUCAACUCGCCGACCAGAAUCUCUUGGGUCAUUUCAGAAGGUGGGUGUAAACUGCUUCCAUGAUAACAAAGAAGUAGUAAGAAGAUGUGAUGUCAUAUUUUUAUGCUGUUUGCCUUCCCAAAUACCUGUUGUAGCAGAUGAUAUAACAGGACAUAUUCGACCCAAUUCAUUGUUUAUGAGUUUCGUCACCGGAGUACCUUUGCAUCGUUUAAGACAAAUGUUUCAACACAACAACAUUUCAAAAACUGAGUUUACAUGGUCUAUGAAAAAUGCAAACCAUCGAUGGUGUAUUGGGGAAACAGUGAAUUUAGCCCUUGAAAAGGAUUGGAUUGCAAACACAGUUUCACCAAACAUUGGAAAUGUUAAAAUGAGUGGAAUCGUGUGGUCAAGCACCAAGAUUAUUGAAACUGUGUUAUACACUGCAAUAAACAUGUGCCCAUCACUACAUCUUACAACAAAUGAAGUUCUUCAGCUUUUAAAUAUUGUUUUUCUUUCUAAAUUGGAUUCAUGUACAUCGAAACUCACAUGGAAACAUAUUCUCAAUGAUGAUUCACUCGCAGUUGUAAAUCAAGGAAAUUUGCCAGUGUUUGAUAUUUCUCAUGUUGCUAUGCACGAUACACCGAUGACCUUGUUUUUCAAAAGUGAAAACGAGCAGCAGCUACACCAGAUGAUCUUAAAUAAAUUUACAUCAAUAUUCACUAAAUUUAAACAAUCUUGAAACAUUAAAUAAGUUAUUUCUUUGUUUUUU